AUGUCUUACCCCCAGGAUCGUCGCCGUCGUGGUGGAGCCGGCACGGGCUUCAGCUCCUCCGGUCAGCGAACUGCUCUGGGCUAUUACAUCCCCUUGGCGGUCACCGUCGGUAUCGCAGUUGUGAGUGUGGCCGCAUGGAUCUGGAGCGAACGACACGAAGGUGACGAUGACGACGAACGCCCCCAUGACGGCGGAAACUACUAUCCUCCGCCCGAUACUUCCAGCGCUGGGUACCCCCCUCCAGCCUACGGCGCAUCAGACUUUGCGCGAGCCCCCGACGCUGAGGGGAUUCCAGGCGAUACUACAUACGAUCCUAGCUUCAUGGCCCGCAUGCAGGGCGCGUUGCGCCGCACUCCGAGUCCCCAGCAGCUUUUCGACGGCGCGAGCCGAAGGGUUGUCGCAGGUGUCACUGCUGCCGGUCAGUUUGUCGGCGGUGCGCUCACAUCAAUUCGAGAAGAAAACCGCGGCGACUUUGAAGACCACUCGAGAUGGUCUGAAGAGGCUCAAUCCAGGGCACGUGAGAGAAGUCAGCAAGACUCUGUCCCCUCAAUGAGUGGUGCGCUGCCAAGUCGUGGCCCUGGUCCGCAGUCAUAUGACAAGAAGAAGAAGACGGUGGCAAUCGUUGUCUCUUCACUUAUAUCCUCCGACUCCGACGAAUACAUCACAGAGCAUGCCUCCAUCCUGUCUCACCUCCCAGAACAUGUAGACCUGGAAACAUGUCGGAUCUUCGUCUUGAUUUACACGCCUGGUCUUAAACACGCUAUUGGUCAGAGCAGCAUGUCUCGCCCAGCACAGUCAAUUGCUUCAUCCUACUCCAAUAUCGCACCCGAGGACGCAACUUCUUCCGGUGAAUUGGUGGGUGGUGACCUGACCCAGGCAGAGCCUCGCCCAGACGACGAAUUCGAAGGCACCAGCCGCUUCUUCAAAACCCUCUACACCCAGGCGCAAGCUCUGGUUGAGAAGGAGAGCAUGAUCAUGCCCUUCAAUUCUGCCGGCGGCUAUGUCCACCUUGUGCGUCACCUGUCACCGGACCUGGUCUAUGUUCAGGAAUCUUUGACUGGAAACGAGGGAGAUGCUGUUCAGCACAUCGCAGGCUGGGUUCGCCAGGUGAUUGUCGUCGUCGGGGACGAGGGUGGCCGUGGUGGACUCAUUGACAGUGACGACGAAUCAGCUCUUGCCGACAAGGGCGAGAAAUGGUGGCAAAAAGAAGGCACAACAGGCAUCGGUAAACGUAUCGACGUUGUUGAUGUCCUUCGCGUCGGUGAUGAUUGGCGCCGCCGAGUCAGCGGUCAUGAUUAG